CGAAAACCUCACGGGGAAGACGACGUGAGGCAGUAAUAUGAGGUGUCCUGCUGCCCGGGGUGGCCUGCCUGCUGCCUGUCCUCUUGGUGCCUUUUCUCCUCGCCAACCUGUACCCACGCAGCCUCCUGCAGGCCUGGUCUGGUCCCUGCAAUGUGACAGAUGGUACUGACACAGGGCUCCCUUCAGCAGGGCCGAAAUUGAAACAUGAAGUAGCAGUGUUGGUGACGUGCUGCGGUGCAACACGCACGUCCUGCGGGGGACCUAGAUAUCCCUAGCAACCCUUGUUAAUGUUCACACUAAGAUCUAGUCAUGGGGGUGGACCAGUUCCUCCUAACGUGGAACAACCACCGCUCCAACUUAGCAGAAGUUUUUACGCAGCUUAGGGUUCAGGACCAGCUGGUGGAUGUAACGCUGCUGUGUGAUGGUGGCAGCUAUCCCGCCCACCGCCUGGUACUGGCCGCAUGUUCUCCAUACUUCCACCAACUUUUCACCCGCUUGCCUACCCAGCACCCGCUCAUCUACCUCAGGGAUGUCAAGCAGGCCGAGCUUGAGGCCCUGCUGGAGUUUAUCUAUCGAGGAGAGGUGAGUGUAGCAAACAGUGAGCUGACGGGCCUAAUUAAGAUUGCGGAGAGCCUGCGCAUCAAGGGUCUGGGUGAUGUGUCCCAGCGAGACCAACAGCAGCCCUUGGUGGGAGAGAAGAGAGCCAGCUCUCCAGUAUCCCCAGUCUCCUCACCUCCCCAUCAGCCACGCCCCAAGAAGGCACCCCGCCUUUCCUCCAACAGUAAUGGUGAAGUGAAGGGCCAAGACACCAACUUUGCCUCCCUCUUGUCACCAGCAAACAGCUAUGGCCAUGCCAUAAACAAAUCCAGCAAUACCAAAGAUGGCUUUGCUCAGCUGAUGGACUCAGGAUGUUCAGACAUGCCAGAGCACAUGUUGGAUGGGGAGCAGACUCCUCCCAAAGCUGGCUGGGACAUCCCCCUGUCGGAGUCAAAGUUACGCUCCUGUCUGGAGGGCCUGGAAUCAGUCUCUGCUGCUCAAUCUCUCGCUCAGUCUAUUGUAAUCCCUCGCACUCCUUGCACCUCCACCCCAACCAAAAUGUCAUCCAUCAAGAGAGAGACUGGAGAUACUUCUUCCAAGGAGGGAGGCUCCCGAGGGGGACCAGUCUCUUCACGUAAAAGGAACCUGGACUCCCAGGAGGUCCGGAAACCCAGAGGACCUGCACCAGUGAACAGUCUAUCCUCCACCAGUCAGGACGGAAUGAAAGAUGUCAAGAUCCCUAAAGAGCACAUUAAGACAGAGGUGGAAGUAGAUGCCAUGACUCCAGGAGGGGGUGAUGGGGAGGCUCCCAUACUGCCCAUGUAUGACAACUCGGGGGAGCUUCCACCAGCAGCAGCAGGAGAUCUCUCCAACCCACUGCUGGCCAGCUACCGACACAUGCUGAGUAUUGGGCCAUCUGAGGAGCGAGCCUACUCUCCCCUCAUCCCCAUUACUGUGCAAGAACAGCAGCAGCAGCAACAGCAGCAGCAGCAACAACCACCACAGCAGCAACAGGCCCCAUCACCAACCAGCAGGGAUGCCCGGAGCUUGACCUGUCAGCUGUGUGGAGCAACCAUCAAGCACAUAGCCAACUUCAGGCGCCACAUGAAGCAGCACCUCAACCCUCGCCGCUUCCCUUGCCCCUGGUGCUCUGCUGCCUUUGGACGCAAGGACAACCUGAAGACACACACUCGGAAGCAUCAUGCAGCUGAGGUGGAGGCACAGGAGGCAGGGCUGCUGCCACCAACACCUGGGAACAGACCUGAGUCUGGGGAAGAAGGCAAGUGUGGUAGUGUUGAUGAUGGAGGAAGGCUGCCAGGCCUGAAUGGUCUCAGUGGCCCAGAAGAAAAGGACCGCGAGGAGGAGGAAGAGGAAGAUGGAGGAGGUGACCGAGAAGACUCCUCCUCUGAUCACAACGAGGGGCUGGUGAUUGCUGAGGACACAGAGGAGGAGGAAGAGGAGGAUGAGGAUGACUCCCGCAUGCAGGCGGAGAAUGCUCACCAAAAAUUGUUGCAAUUAUAGAAUUAUAUAUUUUUGUUACAUGUGAAUUGGUUCUCUAAAUGCAGAAAUUUUUGUUUCCUUUAAUAAGAAGCUACACAACUGUGUUUUUAUUAUAUAUAUGUUAUAUAUAACAUGUAGAAAAUUUCCCAUUGCCUGAGUGGUGACUGCUGCUCACUGCUGAAGCCUCCAUAAGCUUGGCAGACAUUUGUAAAUUGUGUUUAUUCAUGCAUUUUGUCACCAUUGCAUUGAUGGAUCGGAAACAAGAAGCAUUAAAAUUUGGCUGUGUAAAGUAAUGUUUGUGUUGAGUGUGGGAACAGCAGGGUCCCAGGGCAUCUGGAUGACUCUUCUGGGCUGGGCAGGGUCCUCAGUCAGUGCUACAUCAGCAGUGACCUAUUCAUAGUACAAUAAGUAGUGUUGCAGCAUAUAAUGUUGCAAUGGCCAGCUGCAGUGUUUCAGAGAUGGCUUUUUGUUGAGCUUGGAAGGUCACAGAGACAGGACUUGCCUGAAGGAUGAGGGAAGGUGUCUUGUGUCACCCUCACCCCCACUGCGCCUUGCACCAGUGUGGUUGUAUGUAGUCACUGACAUGGAUCAUCUUGAUAAAGCAGCACGGUGUCAACAAAGCCAGUGGGCGGGUGGGUCAAGGCAGCCCCGCCCUCCCUGAGGUCACCCACAUUGCAUAUUCAGAGGCUCCUUAAUGUAUUUCACUAGUCAGGAUGUAUUUAAUGUAUUCUUUUAUAUAUUAUAAUACAAGUGUGAUGUGUGCAA